AUGAUUCGUGAAACUACUGAGUCUAUUGCCGAUCAAUGUUACUAUUGUUCGAUUUGUCCGCAACCCUUCCGACCAGAUGGUGAUUACGUCAGCACUACUUUUUCAGCUACUGGUUGGUGUGUUACAAAGAGUACCACGAAUGAAAGCGAUAGUACCUAUGAACUAGGCGUUGCUUAUGAAGGUCUUUGCCAAGUUGUAGGAUGCUCGUGGACAGAAGCCGAUGGAGUUCUUGAAUGGGUAUGUUGCUGUGAUCGACAUUUAUGCAACACUGGCAUUCCAAGACCAAUAUCUACAACUACUGUGACUAGUGGUUGCUUAGCAUUAAAAUCCACGAUCGUUGUGCUAAUCGAUGCGUUAUCGAUGCUUAUUAUAGUAUACAAACAUAUUUGAAAUUUUUCUCUUAUUUGCUAAGAAUUGUCAUUACAUUUUUAUCAAUAUAUCAGAAAUGAAUAAUCGAAUAUGAAUUAUCUGCCAUCUGAUAUUCGACGUCAGACUGACGUGAUUCAAAAUGAAAAGUUGAAUAAAAUUCAGUAUGCUCAUGGAAUCCAAUCAGAUUUCACUCCUUAACCAGAACAUGUAGUGAAUUGAGCUAUCAUAGAGAUCACUAAUCAUUCAACAUGUUUCAAGCCGUAUUUUUACACAUUGUUAGCAAUCUACCUACGAGAUUUGUUUGACUGAAGAUCAGUAGUAUAAUUUUUAACGAUAUAGGAGAUUCUUUCAAUCUUCAAGACCUGCAUUGAUAAACUCAUGCAUACUUAUGUACAAAUCCACGCGUCAGUUAUGUUUCAAAUGUUUAAAUGCUCAAGCUCCGUUUUCAAUCACAAUCAAAACUCAAUGUGGGUAUGGGUAUGUGAAGGCUAAUAUAAGACACACGUAUACCGAAACCAGAUAAGUUAUCGCCAAACAUGGUUGGCUUUAUUAAGCACUAGCGGAGGUACCCGAUGUUAGUCGAGAUAAUUUAGUAAUAUAUACUUGACAUAUUAGAAAACAAUAUCGUUAUGAUCUCCUAUCAAUUUUUGGAA